GCUUGACAGCCUUGUCAAACGCAAAACAAGUACAAAUUUGGGUUCAAACAGAAAGAAGUUCAAUGUUAAUACAACUAUAUACAGUAUUCUAUACAAAUACAGGUGGUUUAAAAUGUUUUCAAUUGAAUUUUCAAAGCUUUUAUCUAUCGCUAUGAUAUUUAAUCAAACUGAACUUGAUGCCGCAGUUUUGCUGACGCUUGCGAAUGCAAAAAAACUUCCCGUAAACAGAGCAUUUCUACACAAAACUCUCGCUUAGUCUUCUGAUGCACUUGUACGUUCGGUUCUACUGGUUAAACAAGGAAAAUAUUCAAGAAACACUGGUAAAUUAUCGUUGUCAAAAAACAUUUCAGUGCUGAGACAGUACAAGGUCUCGAGGGCAAGGUCAAGUUGUCGAUUUCAUUACAUUUUACAGUACUUCGGAAUGUUUUCGAACUAUGGCUUCAUACAAGAGCAGUAAACGCACGCAUUUCAAAGCGAAAUUAGACCCAAAGGGGCAAUUUUUCAACAAAAUUCAUUGUUAAAUUAUGUUUCCUAAGUGCCUUGGGAGCAAAAAAAUAUGAUUUUAAAUUUGGAGGAAUCGGUAAAUUUUUUUGCAAUUUGGCCUGAUAUUGCACCCUACCUAUGCAAUGACUGUGCCGUAAAAGUAAUCAAAUAUACUAUUUUGAAUUUCCCUUCAUUGAAAGGAUCUACUAUUGUGGACUAAACUAAAUUUUAAUCAGCAUACAAGGCUGCAAACAACAGCCAAGAAUUAGCUGGGUAGUUUGCAAACUUUAAAAAUAAUUGGACCUCAAACUUUGAUCCCCAAAAGUAAACAAAUGGCCAAUACUGCGAACAUAAUCCAAGUUUUGACCACUAGGGGCAAUUUUUAGAUGUAAAAAAACUUGUUUAAGAUACAUAUCAAACAAAGGCAAAACAAAAUUUGGUAUUAAUUUUUUGGAGGAAACGUCAAGGUUUUCUGCUAUCCGCCCACGCUUCUACACCCCCUCCCCCGGGACCCUCUCUAUCAGAAAACAGUUUUCUGCAGAAACUAUGCUUUUUUAUCGGGAAAAUUUUUACUUUUCUCAAAAAAAUACUUUACAAACCCGGAAACCUUAAAUAUUUAAAUGAUUUUCAUACCUUUUCGGGAUUGCAAAAAGCAAAAUUUGAUUCAUUAUCACACUUUUUAAAAUAUAUGUGACAAAGUUGCUUCGAAAUCACUAUCACGCAGUAGCAUGAUUAUUUACCCUCAUCCUUUUAACUGAAUAAAGUUUAUCUUUUUGAAAAGCCAUUUGAUUUAUAGCUCUUGGUUAGCAGUUUACGUUUAUGUCGAUUUUGGCACCCAUGAGGCCAACAUGUUAUGGUAAUCUGCGAAUGAGAACUGAUAUUCGAAGAGCACAAAAGCCAACUCCUAGCUAUGUAACUUUAUCGCCUGAAUUUUGUAUCAAUCCACAAUUAAAUUUCUGGUAAUGUAGAUGCUUUCCAUACUUGAGAUGUUAGUGAAGUUUUUCCAACAAUUCAAUUUCCUUGAUCGCCGUCUUAAAAAUGCAAAAUCAUCAGUUGAAAUUUCACUCGUAUUGUUUUUUCAAAUUUUCGAAUUUUUGUAAAAUAUCGCGUGCGCCAGCAAUUUCUCUGCACAGCGACAACAAAUUUCCCAGCUGUUUACAUUGCUGAUAAUUUAAAAUUUAAAUAUUUCGUAAAUGCGAGCGUAAAUGCUAAAUUAUGACGUCUUCUAGUCGUGCAAGUAUUAGUGGGAACCUCACUGGUGGGAACACAGCUAGGGAACUGUUGGAAAAUUGCGCUAAUAACCUAGCAGAAGCGUCGCGACUCUUAUUGAACGAGGAAAUGAGUGGUGGUCGGUCAGCUAGUGUUCCUUCCCUCCCGAUCCCGAUUACGCCGAGGCCAAAUACAGCUGGUACACAUAGCCCAGGAAAUAGCAACAGCGCCAGGAUUGAACAUCAGAAGUUGUUUAAUUACCAACCAGCUAAAACAUCAACGAAGCCAGAUCCUAAAAAAGGCGGUGUGAACCGCCGUGCGAAGAGAGCCAGAGUUGAUAGCGGAGGUCAAUGUUCUUCCGGGGCCGGUUGUAUAAAAACGCAGUUAGCCCUAACUGCAGUUAAAAAGUAGUUAAAAAGCCUUAAAAAAUAGUUAACUUUAAUCACGUAGUUAAGCCGGUUGUAUAAAAGUGUAGUUAGCCUUAACUGCAGUUAAAAAGUAGUUAAAGUUAACUAUGCUUUAGGGUAUAGUUGUCCAAAACGUAGUUAAAAAUGGCGUUUGUAUAGGAGUGAACAACAUUUUUCAGUAAAACAAUAAUGAAAAGCAACGCUUACCUGAGAUUUUCAAUCGCUAUCUUCCCUGUAAAUGUUUCCUGACAAUAUAAACUCUUCAAACGCUAUCGCUUUGGUGUUUUUACGAAAACAGAACAUAUUUUUGCACAGGACGAUUUCUCGAAGACGAAGUAUGGUCCAUUACACCAAGAAACACUGAUAUAUAAUUGCCAAACAGCUAUACCUUGGUUUAACGUAGACAUCUCAAGAAAAAACUGCAUUCUUUUAUGAUUUUUGUGGCGGUUUUUCCUUGUUUUCUUGUUUAUUUUUCACUGUUUUCUAGUGUUUUGAAUAAAUUUCCCGCCUAUUUGCAAAAUACGAGUCCACAAUCAUGUUGAAAAUGUGUGAGCGGUCGUUACUCGCUGCUUACUUUAUGUAAUUUUGUGUUUAAACGCCCCACGCAAGCCCCACGCACAGUUACCUACGUGAUUAGUUAACUAUCCGACUAACUACGUUUUGUGCAACGCAGUUAAGUUGUGUAGUUAACUAAUUGCAGUUAAGGAUUUAACUACAGUGAUUAACGCUAACUACAGUUAGCGCUAAUUACGUUUUUAUACAACCGGCCCCAGGUGCAUGGGAUGAGCAUGCACUAAGCCAGUACUCAACUUACUAUAUAUUUUUCUUAUUGUCGAUUUCAGGUAAUUUUUCAACACGCUGUUCCCAACUUGAAUGCCAAUUAUGUUAUCAAGAAGUUGGGCGUGAACUUCACAACGAAGUUCGCAAGUUCAUUUCAAGUUCAUUUCAAGUUCCUUUCAAGUUCAUUUCAAGUUCAUUUCAAGUUCAUUUGUAAACAAAUGUACAAAUUUAUAAAUUUAUUUAAAAAGGUAUUUUCGUCUUGGCAGACCACUGGACCAAUAUUUUACUGCAGUAAUAUGUACAUAUGGCCCUAUACAGUAAUUUCAACUUCAACUAUAUGAACAUUUGUUUACAAUCAAAGUUCGAACUUUGAAAUGGACUUGCGAACUUCGUUGCGAAGUUCACGCCCAACUUCCGAACUUGACAACGUAAUUAGCAAGUUCGCAACGAACUUGGAAAUAACGUGUUGAAAAGUUACCUAAAAUCGACAAUAAAUUUAAAAAUAUAUUGGUUGACUUGCAAGAUGAAAAACUAGUUUCACAUUCAUUCUGCACUGCAGAAUAAAAUGAAAAAUUCUGUUGGCUUUUGAGCGGCAUUCCAAACUGCAUAAUCGCUUUCGUGUUUCUAGACUGCCACUCAACAUACCCAUUGAGCUAUCGCGUCAACAGGGUCAGGGAUUGGUAGCAAGUCUUAUCCAACUUAAAAGUAUUUCUCGUGCGAAUAUCCUCAGCUCAGAGACAACGAAUUUUUCGUUGUUUUCGCUUAAUGAGAAUAAAUAUACAUAAUAAUACGUAAUACUUUAUUAUAUAUGAAAUUAGCUUGUCAUAUAUAUCUUUGAGGAUGAUUCUGCAAAAUGGAUUUAAACAAGACAAGCGAUGUUAACAUGUCUCUGGUUAACAUCGUAUUCCCGUCUGAAACCCUACAUUGUGGUCUAGUGGUAUAUAAAACAACCGAACCGAGAGGCACGUAGAUUUAAAACUGCAUGCUCUAUGACCUAUGUAAACAGACGUAUUUUUAAAAUGUAAAAAUAAGAAUUUUCGUAAUCGUAUAUUCUCGUAAUUACUCACCUUGUCAAUAUUUUGUUAAUAACUGUAACUUAAGAUAUAUACCUUGUAUCUUGAGACGAAUGAAGAUGUCACAACUAUGAUAUAUAUAGUCUAUGCAUGUAUUUUUCAGCUGCAGUCAAGGGAACUAGGAAUUAUUAUUUUAAUUGCGAUCGAUCAAUUUUAAUACUUACAAACUAAGAAGACAUGACAUCCACUAGUUUGAUAACAUCAAGCAUACAGUUCCUUGUGUCAAUUAUGAAGGAAAAGUGAAAAAAGAUAUAUGCGUGCAAUUCCCUUUCCGGACCAAUAUCAAAAACAACGACAGUUUAUCGACAAGAUUGCACAUGCAGACGUGUAUACAAAAAUCCAAACAUUUAAACAUUCAAGGCAUAUAACGUAUUAAUUAUAUCCGUCAAUAAUCAGUUUUGCUGGUGACACGUAAAUUAAAGUUAUCCUGUCAUACAUCAAUUAUGAUAUCGACUGCAAGCUUGACAUAUACUUUCAUAUUUGGUUAAGGUUUUGUUAUUAAUUUGAAUUUACAUAAAGCAAGCGAAUUACAGUAUAGACAUUUAGUCCCAGAGUCCGCCAGAGAUGGACAUGCAUCUAAACUCGACCAAAAUCUUCGCACGAAAGUGAAAAGACAAAGACUUGUUAUUUUAAAUUUAAAGAUUUAUUCAAUAAAAAAGACAUGGUAGAUAAAAACUAUAAUUAAAUUAUAACUCGGUUAAGAAGAGGAAAGACAAUAAAAUAUACAGCAUUCAAACUUGGUUCUGAGAAUCUUUGUCCAUAAAGAAAGGCCUUCUUGAGCCUCGUAAACAUAGUAGAGCAGACUUAAUUAAGCUGGAAGAGAGUUUAUCCUUAUAUCCAAGACAUAACAAUGGAAUAUGGUUUAUCUUCUUUGAGUGAGAUUUUCUGAGCUUGUAACUUGUUAUAUAUGUUGCGCAUUUCCAUAUAUACACACGUGCAAAUUUUGCUGCAAUUUCUAUAGUGCAAUUUUCGUCUUCUGCAUGGGGCCGGUUGUUAAUCCAAAGCUAGAUUAGUGCUAAUCCUCGGUUAAAAUUUAACCUGCUGUUUUAGUUUAUAUAUUUAUAUACGUCUGUUUAUUUCAAAACAUCAGAGAAGAAAAGUCCUACUGAUCCAGACAGUAUUUCUGAGACUAAAGGCCCGGUCACACUACACAACGAUAACGAUACGAUAAAUUGUAAACACGCGAUAAUUGGCAAAAAAAUUGUGUUAAGGUAAAAUUCAACCUCGGACGCUUCGCAAGACGUUUUAAAUUGAUGUUUUUUAUGAAGCUAUUAAAUUUGCCUUUAUCGAAAAACUUCGAGUUUGAAAUAAAAUGAUUUCAAAUUCUUUCAUUCAGACAACUUUGCUUUCUUUUUUAUUUAAAAUUUUAAUAUAAUAAAAAGGAUAAUCAAUAAAGAAACACUAAAAUUAUAUGCUGUCUUUUUCAUUUAAAAUAUACCAAACGAUCAGCUUUUAUUAAAAGCAAUUAUAAAGCGAACAAUACAUCAAUAUUUAAAACAAACUUACCUUCGUUAACGUCGCGGUGCCUUUAUUCCCUUCUUUUAGCAAUUCUUUCGCCUUUAUUCUCUUAAAAUUAAAAAGCUUUUGAAACUCACAAAAUCUUGCAAAAAUGAAAUGCAUUUGCAAGAAAUCAUUAAAUCCAGAAAUGCUUGCUAUUUCGCUGUCGUCAUGCAGUCGUUAUAAUGCAAAUUUUAAAUUUGACCAAUCAGUGUUCGCUACUCAUGACAGUCCGCCAUAUUUUUGAGGUCAGUGAGGAUGACCAUGCCCGCGAUUAUUGAUGAACUUCAGACUUUGCUAAAAUGCUUUCGUUUUCCCGGGUGUAAUGCUUUCGUUUUCCCGGAACGGCACUUCGCGCCGUUGGCUCGGGGAAUAUAACUUAUUGGAGUCUUCUGGACCUAAUAUGGCUGGCUUGCCAGAAUCAGAAACCGUUGCAUGUGUAAAGUGACCACAAAUAAUUUGCAAAUAUAUCGUGUAAUAGUGAUAGUGAUUGUAUUCGAUUUAAACUUAUAAAUACAAGAAUUAUCUACUAAAUAAAGUAAAUUAUAAGAAACAACAUGAACUUACUUCUUUGGCCUAUAUCACUUUACAUUACAAAAUAUAAACCUAUGUCUUUGAAGCUUAUAAGUAUAUACCUUGCCUAUAAAUAUAAACCUUGCCUAUUGUUCUCAUUCUAUUCUCUGUCCACGGGGUGUAUAACUGAGAUCUUAGUAAUAGGUCUUUGGUAAUUACCAUUUUGUAUCUUUACUGUUACAUUUCGAACUUUUCCAUCUUUACCUUGGUGAACUUCAAUAAUUCUUCCGAUCGUCUAAUUUCCUCGUACCGCAUUCAAAUAAACUAACAUGGCAAUAUUGUUGACUUUGACAUCGCAUCGUUGAACAUCCCAUGUUUUUCGUGGAACUAAACAGGGAAAGACGUCUCUGGUCCAUCGUUUCCAAAACGAGUCAAGAAUUUGUUGUAGAAAUUCAAUUCUGUGUCGCGGUUUCUUUGUCUUCAGGAAUGGUCCUUGUAGAACAUAUGAGGAAGCACUUCCUAACAAAAGGUCAUCGGGGUUGUUGGUUGAUCUACCAAUUGGUCGUUGGUUUACCAUAUUUGCUACUUCCAGCAGUAUGGUUUGCAAUUCAAGUGCUGUGAGAAGGUUAUCUCCCAUAGCUUGUUCAAGGGCUAUUUUGCAACUUUUUACCAACGAUUCAUCACAUCCGUUUUGAUGUGGGGCAUUAGGUGUAAUGAAUUUCCACUCCAUUCUUUUAUAUGCUGCAUAUUCCAUGAGUUUCUUCACAUCCCAAUCUUGGAUCAUCUUUGCUAGUUUGCUAUCCGCGAAUUCCAUUGUUGAACAAUCUGUUGCAAGUUCCAAAUGAACUGCCCGAGUAUUCAGACAAGAAAACAAAACACCAUAGUGUUAAGUGGUUUUAUUUCUUCCAAUUUUAACUUUAUACGGACCGAAAUAGUCACAAACUGUAUGGUAAAACGGAGGCGUUUGCGGCAUCAAUUUUAUCUUCUGCAGUUCAGCCAUAAACUUGCGAUUCAAUCUUUGGAUGAGAUUUCUUACAGUGAAUACACUUUUUUUCAUUAACUUUGCCAAUUUUUGCACUCCGGUAAUCCAAAAUUUUCUUCUGGUUUUCGCCGCUGUCGACGCUAUCCCAGUGUGAGUAAUCCGAUGUACAUCUUUGGUAAUCAGGUAUGAAAUGUGGUGGUUCUUUGGAAGAAGUACUGGAUGCUUCGAAUCAUACGUUACGAUAACUUUAUCCACUCGCCCGCCUACUCUUAUAAUGUCUUUGUCAUCUGUGAAUGGACUAAGCAUAUUGAACUCCUUCUUAAUACGUUCGUGUAACUCUCUUUGUGCUGUCUUGAUCCCUAACUCUUCAGCCUGGUCUAACUCAAAAGCUGUUAACGGGUCGACAUUACUUCGGGUUUUGUUUUUGACCAUAGUUUUCAUAUGUAUCGUAAAAUCCACGCCAUCACUCUCACCAAUCUCUUCCACUUCGAACAUUUCGUUGGGUCGAUUGCGUCCGUAUGGUGCUUGAGGAAAAGGCUGCUUGGGUGAUUUCGAUGUUCAUUGUCGAGUUCCGCAGGAUCGAUUGGCAUAGCUGGCUGUUCAGGAUAUUCUUUUUUGGGUUGAUUCAGGAACAUUGGGUCACUCUUCCAACGGUGUUCUAGAUCUUUCGCUGAACUGCCUCUCGAUAAAUUAUUGACUACAUUGUGCUCACUCAGUAAGUGUCUCCAUGUCGAUGGACUGAUGGAUCACAAUUCGUCGGAAUUUCCGCAACCUUGCUCGACACAAAUGGUUUGAAACUUCUUGACUGACUACGAAUUCAUGUAAGGACUAUCAGAUUGUCCGUAAAGAAAAUAACUCUCUCGAACUGUAAACGACAUUCUUCUGUUAUGAUCUUGUACAAUUUUCUUUAAGAGGGGCAACUCUCGACUUAGCAGAUAUAAAUCGACUUUCAUAAUUACCACUUGGCUUUUCCCAGCGUAAAUAAGAUCAUGCUCCAAAUACAUCUCGAGACGCGUCCGCAAAAAUACGAAGUGUUGGUAGUCCAAUAGUGUUCGGUGGUGUUAAACGUCUUGGGAACGAGACAUUAUUUAAGUCCUCGAUUUCUGCAAAAAAACUCAGUCCACCACUUUGAAACCUUAGAUGAAAGUUCUUCGUCGCAAUUUAAUCCUUGCUGCCAGAGUCGUUUUAAACGGAUUUUUGCACGGAUUAGGAACGCCGCUGCGAAUCCAAUUGGAUCAAAUGCACAAGCUAUACUUUACUAAGGAUCUUUCUCUUCGUUAAUUUCAACUUGCUUGAAUUUUCUUUUGACGGUACAGAUAGCUCAUUAGCUUUACCUUUAAAUGUGAAGGCGUCCUUACUAUUGUUCCAGACAACACCUAGAACCUUUUCUUCGGAUUCACCUUCCAAAAAACUAACACUUGAUUUUUCUUCAGCCGGUAGAUUUUCCUGUAGAAUUUCGUUCGAUAACCACUCUCACUUUAAAGCCUCCUUUAUCUAAGAUUUUGUCGGGAUCUUACUUGCCGGGCACAUUCUACAUUGGGUACGGAAUCACAAAUAUCAUCCAUGUACGUAUUCUUUUUCAAUAUUUCGGCUGCAUAUGGAUGAGCGUUUUCUGCUUGGUUUGCCGUCUUUCUUAAGGCAAUUUGUGCCAUCGCCGGUGCUGGUUUGUCACCAAAAAUUCAUUAACACAGUUUUUACGUAAGUGUCUGUUGGUUUAGUUGCAUCCAUAUCUCGCCACAAAAAUCGAUGUACAUGCUGGUCUUCAGGUAUUUCAAUUCUGUGAUACAUCUUUGAUAUAUCUCCGCUUACAGCGACCGUUUGCUCCUUGAAUUUAAGGAUAACUCCUAAUAUGUUGUUCAAAAGGUCAAGACUUUUUAUCCAGCAAUCGUUAAGUCAGUGUCCCUUGUAUUUUGUCCAAGAAUUAAAUACGAUUCUUACUGGCGUGCUCUUCUUAUCAGGUCGAACAACUAUUAUCAAUUAGCUUGCGUCCUUGCUCUUGGUGGGAUGGGCGUUGACCUUCGUGGGAUGGGAGUUCAACCUCGUUCCCAGGGCUUUUCCCUUUUUCCCUGGGAACAAGGUUGAUGUGAGUUGACCUUGGUGGGAUGGGCCUUGACGUUGGUGGGACGGGGUUGACCCUGACCUUUAAAUAAUCCUUUGUUCUGAUCCUUAUCUGCAUAAACCUUUGCUGACAGUCAUCAAUCCACUCUUCCUCAGUUGCAAAUUCUUUAUCGCCAACCACUAACUGAAUAUAUUCGUCCUAUUUUUCAACCAAUUUCUUGUAUAAACCUUCAAAAUUAGCGAGUGAUUCCUCAACUUUUGGUAUAGGUCUCCCAUUUUUCAAUAAAUAAUCCAAGUCAUUUCCUGCCCUUGUAGGCUUGUAACACUCGAUUUUGCACAUCUUCCGACUUCCGUUUCUUUUUCGCUUCGUUUAACGCCUCCUUCGUUACAUCCGUCAUGAAUAUGGUCAGCUAGAAAUCGAAUUUAUGGCUUGCCAGAAUCAGAAACCGUUGUCUAAAGUGAUGACCACAAAUAAUUUUCAAAUAUCGUAUAAUAGUAGUAAUAAUAUUCGAUUUAAAAUUAUAAAUACAAGAAUUAUCUACUAAAUAAAGUAAAUUUAUUAAAAAACAACAUGAACUUACUUCUUUGGCUUAUAUCACUUUACAAUACAAAAUAUAACCUAUUUCUUUGAACGUUAACCUCGAGUAAACAACUUAAAACCAACGUGUUAAUUUCCAGCUAUUUUUCUGUCACGUGACUGUGUCUGUUCAAUAAUGACGUAAUACUUAUCUAUUUUAAAAUUAGCGAAACAAUGGCCAAAUACUAAGUUGACACUUCAAUAUUGAGAGAGACUGAAAGUCGAGCCUAAUAUUGAAGUCCAGACUUAAUAUUUUUCCAUAUUGGACGAAGAUGAACCAAUAGGUAAUUCGCUUAUAUCGAACAAAAAAACUUUCGUUGUAACCAGGAAUAACAGAGCCGCAAUAACCUAGUUUUAUGAGUUAAACUCAAUUCCAUGCAUUAAGUACGUUUUAAAGGUGAUUUGACCUAAUCUUAAAGGUGAUGUAGAGUCCGUAAUGUAAACAAACUCAUUUCUAGCUAUUGUAAAAUAUGAUUAGAUAUAUAUUAUACUGAAUUUUUAACACUCUUCUGGAUCGCUAUGCUUGUAAGUUAAUAGAGGCUAGAGAUUCAAUUCAAGAAACUUCGGAAGGUGCGAAAUAUUAACAACAUUCCAAUUGUCUGGUCCCGGACCAUUGGAAUGUAGGCCUGCGCAGAACGUAUGGGCAGAACGGACUUUACAUUAUCUUUAAUAUAAAAUAUAUUAUAUAUUAUAUAUUACUGACUUCACGACUGUUGUAAACAAAUGAAUUUCGCAGUUUUAAUAAAACUGUAGAAUAAACGGUGUUAAUGUUCCAAAUCCCUUAUUUCAUUACUCUUUUACAUCGUUUACUGUAUUUUGUGUUUGGAAUGGCCAGGCACGUGGCUCGAUUGAAGACCGUGAUUGGUCCCCCCCCCCAAGUUUUCAGAAAACACAAAAAGUGCCCUUUCUCCGGUGGAAAAGUGCCCUUUGCCUUCGUGAAACAUGUUGUUCAGAUUGCAUUUUUUAUGAUUGCAAUUAUUUUUCCUUCAGAAAACACAAAAAAUGCCGACUCUCCCAUUGCAAAGUGCCCUUUGCCUUCGUGAAAAAUGUUGUUCAGAUUGCAUUUUGUAUGAUUCCAGUCUCCCCCCACCCCACCCCGUCACCAACAUUUCCGGAAAAAUUUCUCAGGUGCCCUUGUCAUCCAAAAGUGCUCCUCGAACCGGGACCACCCAAUCUUUCGAUGCUUCCUACGCAACUGAUUCCAACUAUAGUUAAAAUUUUGAUCUAGGCAAGAAGAACAAAAUGCAUCACGACAGCUAGAAAGAGCAUGUUAAAAUUAGUAAAAUUGGAAAGUUUAGUUGUGAAAUGUUGUAAAAUGAGGAAAAUAUAGCCCUACGAAAUUUGCAAAUUUUGUAUUAAUUUGUAUUACGCACGGGAAUUUGCACCACAUUCGGCUUAAAUGUGCAUUUCCGGCGCGUAAUACAAAUAAUUUAAUACAAAAUUUGCAAAUUUCUUAGGGCUAUAUUUUACAACAUUUCGCGGCCAAACUUUACGCUUUUACUAAUUUUAACAUGCUCUUUCUAGCAGUGGUGACGGAUUUUGUUCUUCUUGCUUAGAUCAAAAUUUAGCUAUAGCUGGAAUCCACCAUCAGCAAGAUUUUAUACCAGAUACACAAGUUCCUUCACGCGCGGUCAUAAUUUCCUUUGUCUUUGUGAAUUUUUUAUGAAAUAUUUUGUUUCAACCAAGAAAAUUAAAGCUAAAGUUUGUGUAUAUUAGUUCAAAAUCUGUUUCUGAUUUUCAGAGAUUGAUUAAAUAUUUAUUUUCUUCGAGUUUUCGUCAUGAAUCAUUAACUAAUUAUCUUAUCUAGGUACGAAUGAAUUAUUGUCUUAGAAAUAAUUGUCCAAAAGGCUACGCAUUUAUUAAAGGAUUUCCAUACCAGCUUGACAGCUUUGGGUCGUUCAGGCAUGUUAUCAUUUUCUUCUCUCUACUUCACUGUUCAUGUUAUUUUUAAUUAUUUAUAUUUCCUAAAUGAUUUUUUUUAUUUUUCUCAAAAUCGACAACUGUAUUCUUAUUUUUUGUCAAAGUUUCUGUCAGUUUUAAUAAAAUGAAAUUAGUUGACUAAGUUUGGCUUGUCCAAACAGAGUCAAAUCGUCUUCUGAAAAAUUAUUAGUUUCCAAGCAUCCCAACUGGGAAUCGAACCAAAGGUCUUUGGUUUAACGCACCAGCGCUCUAUAAUUAUUCUGGGCUAUUGCAUGGGAUCGCCCAAUUGAAACACUAUAUAAAUCAUGACCGAUCAGGCAUGAAAUAAAUAUUGCUGGUUGUUCUCUGCAAUGUGCAAUGUGCAAUGUGCAAUGUGGAGUGUGACUUUUAAGCUUUUCCUGGAAUAAUUGACUCAACUAUCUUGCUUACCUAAACCAUCACCUACUUAUUUAUCUAUAUGAAUAUAAUUAUAUUAUCCAAGUAAUAUAAAACAUCUAAAAAAGUUCCAUUUUAGUUACAGUGCAUUAUCUCUAAUGUCUGGUAUAAUCCAUAAUUCUACAGCAUUUGUUGGGUGUGACAAUUACAAGGUUAGUUUUAACCAAACAUUUUACACCAGUGGUAGUUAAAAGUAGGCUACAUUGGCACGGUUGCCAUGCACGAUUUCUUUAUAACUUUAAAUUAAUUACGGUUCAAGAAUACAUGUAUGAUCUUAUGUAUCAUGCAGUUCCAGGUAGAGUAUCGGUUCUCAAAUCCUGCGGAUUUCGUAUCUGCUGAAUAGGUUAUAUAACACAGGCAGUACAUUAUCAUUCACUAUCUUUUCUUCCUUUCCUAGUUUGUAUUGAGUAACCUAUAUCUUAGUAUUGCAUUUAUUUUAACGGGCUACUAGGGGACAUAUACAUUAUAAUUUACGUGGUGUUUCCACAAACAAAAAGUAUUAUAUAAUUCUAACUCUAUCACAUUUGUUUCGUUUUCUCAGCCUUUGUCCUGGUUUAAAAUUUAAUAAAAUGUCUAAACUUAUUUUAAAUUUAUUUAAAAAAAUUUGAAAUAAUAAAUUUGAUGAAAAAUAAUUCAAGUGUUGACAUUGUUUUAGUGUUGUGCAUGCUACGGUCCUAAAGGUGGAAAAAACGACUAUUGUGGCAAAAUGUGCAUGGCCGUUAAUGGUGGAACUGUGACCAAACAAGCUUAUGUUUGGUUCUGGAUCAGAAAUCGUAUGCCAAAGCGCGUGUGGAAAAGAUGCAUGGAGUUUCAGAAGAAAACGGACAAUGGUAAACUUGAGACGUUUUUCAUCGAUCAAAAAACUGGUUCUACCCAUAAGGUAUUAAAAAUACUCAAAAAAUUGUCAAAAAAUUACAGAUUAAUCAAGAAAUUAGGCUGCGUUUACACUUUAUAGCGACUCAAAAACUGUACCGCGCAUAGGAAUUGUUUUUACAUAAAUGAGGUAAUCGAAUCAAUUUCUGCAUCGAAGCGCCGGUCCGCUAUUCCAAGUGGUGCGUAUUGUACCGGAUUGGUUUUUGCAACGCUCUCAUUGUAAUGUAUGAACACCAAUCGUAUCAAUUUUCGGUUCAAUUCGUGAUUAUUCUAAUAAUCUUAUUUACUGGUAUAGCUUGCUUACUCUUUCAAAUUAAUGUUUGCAAUAUAUCUGCUUUUGGUAAAUGCGAAGGUAUUGAAAGGCCGGAGCGGAAGCUGUUUACACUUGGGCCGUAACAGUGUAUAAACGUAGCCCAACUACUGCUGGUUAAUUAGAUUUCUUGGUCGUUUGGAUUUGGAUUAUAUAACCAACUUCCACAGUUAAGCAUAGUCAAUUGCGGGAACCACUGAGCAUUUUCAUGAAAUACACAACAACGGUAACUCCAAAUAAAGACAACAUUUUUGUUGUCUUUAUUCUACGAAACUAUGUUAGUGGAUAAAUAAACAGAAGCCCAGGUUAUUCAAUGCGGCUGCAAGCAACAGCUCAUAUUACUCCACUUCUAAUGCAUCUUAAAUGGUUACCAAUAGAGUUUCGAGUCAGGGACUUUAAAAUUGCCUUAUUAGUCUAGAAAGCCCUCAAUGGUAUGGCACCUCAGUACAUUGCUGAUCUAUUGUCAUCAAAGCCUGAAGGCAAUCACCAUUAAAGGUCAGAUGAUUGUUCUUUGUUACAGAUUCCCAAAAUAAAAUUAAUUCAAAAACUCUUGAAGACAGAUUAUUUAAGCACGCUGCUCCUCUAAUUUGGAACAACAACAACAACAACAAACAACAAAAACAAUAAUUUAUAUAUACCAAUUGCAAGUUUCAUAAAUUAUAAACACAACAUUACAGAUAUUACAAAAACAAUUUCUAGCAUACGGCAGCUAGAGUAGCACAAGCUUGCGAGCUACCCCUCUCCCUAUAGUCUCUCCCCUUUUACAUUAGGCCUGUUUUAUACGUCGAAUUUUGGUUGCGUCGAAUGCAAUUAAGACAAUAGAUAAUAAGAUUGAUAAACCUCAUUAAGGAUGUCUUGGCCAAACAACAAGAUUCCUGGUCACAUUAACCUGAUUAUGGUAUAGGAAGUGAGAUAAAAUAAACAUGCAGGAAAUUUAAUCACGAAUAUUAGGUUAACCCAAAUGGAAGGGUAGUGUUUCGUAAUAAACUUUUGUUGUUUCAGUCGAAUCGUCGAGCAUUGAAAGAUUCGUGGGUGCCCAAUGUGAAAAUGAGACGCGUUGUUUGUUUUUUGUGGCUAUUUUUGCUACAUUUUCCAUCAUUUAGUUAUUAAUGUUUCAUAUUUCUAAUUAUCGAUAUAUUUAGGGGUCAUGUUCCAAACACUUUCGUACACUUUUGAAUGAAGGCGUAA